AUGGAGAAUACAGGCAAGAACUCGGUACUGGACCAACUGCGGCUAUUUGGAGCCUCUGACGUUGGAAAGAAGGUGGAAUUUGAUGCACGUCUUCAUGCUAUCACCGAGAAUGAAGAUACUCUAACACUCCUGAUGAGAGAUACUGAGUGUUUUGCCAUGGUGAUCCCGAGUCGAAGCGAGGGAAACCACUCCCAGGCCUAUACAGUAGAAUCAGUCAUACGUGUAUUCGGAGUACUUAUCGAUUGUGGAAAGCAACCUUUCGGCGUCGAAGGAGAUGGUAGAGUCAUGACCGUGCAUGCAAUGACACUUACCGUCUUAUCAAGGGCUGCUCCAAAUCUCACAGAAACAAUGCAUCAUUCUGCACCUAAACCGGCUAACCAAUCCAUCAUCGAUCUUGUUAGCUCACUAACUCUUCAAGAGCGGCUCAAUAAUCGCGUUCUCGACGUACGCGUUGCAUCUACCGCUGCAAUCUUCAAGAUAUUUUCUGGCGCGCUUGAGCUUGCGGCCGAAUUCUGUCUUACAAAUGGAUUCCACUGGACGCAUACCCCUGGCCUUAUCAACUACAAAAUACCAUACGACAAUGACUAUUUCCCGCUGCCGUACUUCGACAGAGAAUUAGCAUGGUUAACCCAGACUGGAGAGGUACACUUACAGAUGGCGAUGUCAAUGGAUUUUAUGAGACUCUUCGAAAUUCGAAAUGUGUUUCGCGCUGAAAAGGAGAUUAACAAGCGACGCUUAACAGAGUUCACGAUCUUCGAAACCGUCGUCGCAUGGGAACGCGACUGGACUGAGAUUACAGAUCUCGCUGAAUCAUUUCUCGUUUUCGUGAUUCGUGGUUUACAAGAGAGGGAAAAGUACGAAGAUGCCAUACGUGCCGCCAAGAGGCUGCAUUCUUCUGCUGGUCUCUUCAAGCUGGGACUUGACGAACAAGGGAAACUGCCUAGACUGCAGUACAGUGAAGCUAAGGAACUUCUACGGAAGAGAUUUAGUGCAAAAACGGGUGACCUCGACGACAUGACCCCCGAGCAGGAAGCAAACCUUGGUGCCCUGAUGAGGACCACGCCCGCGAAGGGGCCUCCAACUGAUGCAUUCAUUAUUACAAACUAUCCAGCACGUCACAGGGCUUUCCAGAUUCAUCCGUCUCCUCCAUCUGCAAGUGGAGAACCGACGCCGGGUACGAAUUCCUUUGACAUUAUCGCGCAUGGACGAGAGAUCUGUACGGGUUAUCAGCAUAUCCAUGAUUACACGAUGCUACGAGAUACCAUGCGGGCUCGAGAUCCGGUUGGAUUUGAUCCCGAUUCUCCUAUGUGGCGUCCAUAUGUUGGCGCUUUCGAAGCUGGUGUGCAUCCACACGGCGGUUUCGCGUUUGGGAUGAAUAGGGUCGUGCAGACUUUUCUGGGGCUGGAGGAUGUUCAUGAGGCGUGCAUGUUCCCAAGAAACGCUAAUCGGAUAUCCCCUUGA